UGAUAUUGAAGAGAAGUCGUGUAAAACGGUCAGGUUUUGAUAAUUGAUUACUACGUCUGAAAAAACUUAAAAGUGAGGGUAAGACGGCAAUAACUAAGUUUACCAAUCAUAAGUUAAGGACAAUAGGAUCAUAAUAGAGAUGGAUACAUCAAGUGUAUUGGAGAAGUAUACGCAGGACUUGUCUAACUUACCUUUAGAGGUAAGGCAUUUAUUGGAAGAAAUCCGAAGUAAAGACAUUCAAGUAAUGGAAGCAAGAAAGAGAUAUCAAGCAAAGGACAAUCAAUUACAUAAAUUUAUAAGAGCAAAUGGAACAUUAACUAAGCAUCCAAAAGAAUCUCAACUUUAUAGUAAAGUAGAAGAAGAUAUGAAAUUAGUUCAAAAAUUACAGAAAGAAAAAAUUCUAUUAUCUAAUACAGCAUUGUUUUUAGUAUCGAAACAUUUAUUUCAUUUUGAAACUGAUAUUGCAAAGUUAGAAAGAGAUGAAUUAUUACCAGUGGUAGAAAAUCUGUUUGAGGAUGAAACUACAAUGAAAAGUGCUGCUAGUGAUGUAAGUAAUAUAUAUAAUGGAAUUAGUGAGAGUUUAUCAGUAACUCCAACUCCAAGAAAUGGGACGGCAACAGGUACACCAACUGCAGAAGCUCUUAAGAAACAACAAAAGAGGAAACAAACUAUAACUAUUAAAGGUACGAUAUCAACGCGACCCAUGAAAAGAAUGAAAUCUGAAGAAUUAGAUGAUGGUUUAAGAGGUACACUCAAAUUAUCAUCGGGUGGAUCAGAUGGUGAAGGAUCUGAAACAUUAUUAAAUGGAUCAAAUAGUCUUAAUGUUACAGUUGGAAGUAGUGAUAAUGGCGGUCCUAAUGGAGAAGAUGCAGAUAAUAACUUAUACUGUUUCUGUCAACGAGUUUCAUUUGGUGAAAUGAUUGGUUGUGAUAAUGACGAUUGUAAAUAUGAAUGGUUUCAUUGGAGUUGUGUUGGUAUAACUUCACCUCCUAAGGAUGAUGAGAUUUGGUAUUGUCCAGAUUGUGCGCCUAAGAUGGAGAAGAGAAAGAAGAAGAGAAAGUUUUGACUUUACUUUACAAUUUAUAAUUUAUAAUUUACAGUUUAUAAUUGAGAACAAUACUAAUAAUACUGUAGUUUUAUCUAAUGAAUAUACGAACUAAAUGAAUUAAAUCAUCAGACCUACCUGUGCUUAACUAGCUAAUUUAAAUCUAGGCUUAACCCAUUUGUUUACAAACAGAGACGA